AUGGUGCAACAGCUGAAUAAAGUGAAGCAAGAAGAUCAUACGAUCAUGAUCAUUUCUUAUAAAACACUGUUGUAUAGAGUUUCAGCCUCAACUCAAAUUUCAAGUCCAAUUUCGCCUAUAAAACGGCACCCGCUCAUAGCGCUUAAUUUCAUUGUCAAAAUAGAAAUGUUUAAUAGUAGUCAGAAAUGGAUGUGGAACAAUGUAGCCCUACUGGUUGCCUUCGGUUGUAUGAUCGCGGGCAAAAUCAUGAUCACAAAGGUGGACUACCAAUCCAACCCCGACUACCUAACAAUGAAGGUACAGGUGAACAAUGAAACCGAAGGCAGCACAGUUGACGUCGAAGGGAACCUAUUCCUAGACGUAGCGCAGGGUGUCUUCGUGAACAUUGAGCUCGACUCGAAGAUGGACGGUGAGUAUAUGACGAUGAUCGGUACGACUAAGGAGCUGUGCAGCAAGGAAGACACCGGAAUAGAUCCGGUCGUGCCACUGUUGAACGAAGAGCUGGAGAAAUUCGGUAACCUAACCUUCAACUGUCCAUUCGACAAGGGAUUCUACCAGAUACGAAAGUUCCGCAUGAGCAAUGACCAUAUGCUGGUGAAGAUGGUGCCACCGGGGGAGUAUAUAGUGAAGAUGGAUUUGCAGCAUGAGGCACCGAACGCCACCGACAAGGUGCCGGUGUUUAAGCUAUCGUUCUUCUUCGAAAUUUCGUAA